GGAUCGCGUCAGCGUAAGUGCCCGAAUAACUUGGUUUAAAUUGUUACUAAAAACCACGAUUUCAGUGAUUCUGAAACUGGAAAACUGUUCUGUGACUUUGUGUGGAGAAUGUCUUACUGGUGCUUUUGUGGUUAAGGGAUAGGUGGUCCGAAGCAUUGGAAGACAGCGAGCCAUGUUAGACUCCCCGAGGCAUAGAUUACACGAAAACGAGCACGACCAGGUCACUUAGAUGGUGUCCUGUAUAAUAAUCGACUUCACAGCUUUAACAAUGCUGACCCAACAAAUGUUACUUCUCAACAUAAUUACGAUAUACAUCCUCCACACCGGAUUUUGUGAUGACGCGAUACCACACAGUCGUUACACGAAUGGAUCUUUGGAGCCUCCUGUGCCGGACACUCGAUCGGUGGGGCGUGUGCCCCCAUACCAGCCGCCCAUUAUUGGAAUACCGGGGCCGAUGCAGGUCCCUGGCAUAAGACCUCACAAUCCUUAUACGCGAGUGGAUGCUUGGCACCCUAUUGGACGAGUUUACAUAAAUCCGAGGGAUUCUUACGUGGUGGCUGAUGACAUUGAUGAUGGAGGUGAUGAUGGCGGAUGCCAUGUGCCAUGCACCAAAGAAUAUUUCGCUUGUCAGGCAUCCUGUACCUGCAUCGAGCUUGAAAAGCGAUGCGAUGGCAAUACGGACUGUAAAGACAACGAAGAUGAAGCCGGCUGCAGCAGGCCAUGCGAUGAACAAGACAACCGCACACUCUGCCACGGCACCAAUGUCUGCAUCUCUUUUGACUGGCUCUGCGAUGGGGACAAUGACUGCGGUGACUUCUCCGAUGAGACUCAUUGUGGUUCUGACUUGAACUGCACCGAAGCGCAGUUCUCGUGUACCAACGGACUGUGCAUUCAUAAAGAGUGGGUAUGCGAUGGAGACAACGACUGCCGCGACAACACGGAUGAAAUGAACUGCUCAAAAGACAAAUGCAGAGACAAUCAGUUCACGUGUAUAUCCGGCGACUGCAUACCUCUUCAUUGGCGAUGCGAUAAGGAGGCCGAUUGCCCUGACGACUCGGACGAAAUCCACUGUCCUGUCGAUCUCUUACGAUGCGGUGAAAACGAAAUUCAGUGCGACAAUGGAAAGUGCGUGCGUAAAGACUUCAGGUGCGACGGUGACAACGAUUGUGGGGACUGGACCGACGAGGACUCUUGCCCUCUUCUGCCUGGAAAUUGCAAAGCCACAGAGUAUAAGUGCAACGAUGGAAGAUGCAUCCCUAAGAGUUGGCGAUGCAACAUGGACAGAGACUGCACGGACGGUGACGACGAACUCAACUGCGAAGCACUCGGAAUACGGAACUGCACUGCAGAUGAGUUCACGUGUGAGGACAGGCGUUGCAUAUCGAAAACCUGGUUAUGCGACGGCGUCCGCGACUGCUCCAAUGGCGAGGAUGAAACAAAUUGUGAAGUAAACUGUGAAGAAGACCAAUACAUGUGCAAGUUACAAACAAAUUCAGCAUUCCGUAACUGUGUGAACAGAAAACACGUCUGUGACGGCAUGAAGGACUGUCCUCAGGGUGACGACGAAGAAAAGUGUCCAAAGAAGCGAAAAUGUUCGGGAAGAGAUAAAUGUGAGAGGGAAUGUAUCACCACGCAUGAUGGAAAACCAGCGUGUGCUUGCCCAAUUGGAUAUCUCCUGAAUGACGAUGGUUACAGUUGCCGAGACAUCGACGAAUGUAUGUACGAGCAGGACCCAGUUUGCUCCCAGACGUGUUCCAAUACUCAAGGCAGCUUCCGUUGUGGAUGUAUGACAGGCUAUGUACUGCGACCAGACGAACGUUCUUGUAAAGCAACUGGAGAAUCACCUACGUUGCUAUUUUCAAACAGUAUCGGUGUCCGCAAGGUAUGGCUAUCCGGAGAUAAUUACGUCACAGUUCUAAAAGGACUGCACAAUGCAGUUGCUUUGGACUACCAUUAUAAAAAGAAAUUACUCUUUUGGACUGAAAACAACAUGAAGGUCAUUCGAGUGGCACCCUUAGAGAGCAACAAUAUGACAGAUGUGAUACGAUGGGGAUUGGAAACACCAAGCGGGGUGGCGGUCGACUGGAUACAUGAUCUUCUCUUUUGGACGGAUUCGGGGACGCGAAGAGUUGAAGUGGCAACGUUAAAUGGAUUACAGCGGGCGGUUUUAGCGGCCAGUGAUUUGGACAAGCCCAGGGCUGUCGCUGUACAUCCGGGAGACGCUCUUGUAUUCUGGACGGAUUGGGGUCCAAAUCCUAAAAUCGAGAGGGCCGAUAUGGACGGCAGCAGACGUAAAAGCGUCAUCGUGGACGAAAUCUUUUGGCCCAACGGUCUCACUAUCGACUACACAGAGUCCAAGAUAUAUUGGGCAGAUGCUAAGCACCACGUCAUCGAAAAGGCUUCGUUUGAUGGCAGAGAUAGAAAACGGAUAACGAGCAAAGGUGUACCUCAUCCCUUCGCACUUACGGUAUUCGAAGACGCCAUCUAUUGGACGGACUGGCACACCAAGAGCAUCUCGACUAUCAAUAAGAAAACCGGCAUGGGCAUGCAGACAAUACACGCGAGCUUACAAGUGCCCAUGGACAUACAGAGUUACCACCCUUUACGACAGUCGACCGCCUACAAGAACCGUUGCGGAUCAAACAACGGCGGCUGUUCACAUCUUUGUCUGCCAAACAGUAACGGAUGCACUUGUCGGUGCCCGAUCGGGUUUAAUCUUAAAUCUAACGGUCGCACGUGUGAAGAUACACCUGAGAAAUUAUUAUUGUUUGCAAGAAGAAAAGAUAUAAGACUGAAACUUCUCAAUCCACGUAAACAGAUGGACUCUUUGGACAUGGUUAUACCGGUGGACUCGAUCAAAUCGGCGGUCGCUCUCGACUGGGACCACGCUCGGAAGAGAAUAUUCUGGACGGACGUGGAAAAAGACACCAUAAAUAGAGCUUACCUUAAUGGGUCGAAUCAGACCGUCGUUGUGAGCACAAAUUUAAUAUCACCGGCUGGAUUAGCCUACGAUUGGAUAACAGACAAGUUGUACUGGACAGAUGCAGGCACUAACAGGAUAGAGGUCUCCAACUCAAACGGUACCAUGAGAAGUCUUCUGGCUUGGGAGAACAUUGACAAGCCACGAGACAUCGUAGUCGAUCCCAAAGGUGGCGUAAUGUACUGGUCAGAUUGGGGUCUAAAUCCGUGCAUAGAGAAGGCAGAUAUGGACGGUGGUAAUCGAAGACGCUUGAUAUUCGGGGAUAUGACGUGGCCCAACGGCCUGGCUCUGGACUUGGCGAACAACCGAAUUUACUGGACUGACGGCAACCGCACCAUUGAAUACGCAAACCUUGACGGCACCGGACGUACUGUAUUAAUCGGCCAACACCUCCCACAUCCCUUUGGACUCGACCUCUACGGUGACGAAGUAUUCUGGACUGACUGGGACACAAACUCCAUACAAGCUGCGAACAAGUUCACCGGAAAGAACCGCAGAACGCUGGGUGCAGGCGUCGAAGGACUGAUGGACGUUAGGGUGUUCCAUAAGGACAGGAAGGGUGGGAGUAACCGUUGUAGCAGAAAUAAUGGUGGAUGUUCUCAUCUCUGCCUUUUGAAACCCAACGGAAGAACGUGUGCGUGUCCAACGGGAGUUAAACUUUUGGAGGACGGAAAGAGAUGCGCGGAUGGCCCAGUGAAUUUCCUGAUAUUUGCUCAUCGCCUCGACAUUCGUUUCGUCUCCUUCGAUGUCCCGUACCUGGUCGAUGUCGUGUUCCCAUUCCGAGGACUUAAAAAUGUUCUUGGAGUCGAUGUCGAUCAUCAGACUGGCCUGAUUUACUGGACGGAUACGGCUGAGCGGGUUAUUCGUCGUGGGGAUCGAUUUGGCUCCCAAAUCAAGACUAUCAUCACCCGAGGACUACAGACGGCUGACAGCCUAGCCGUCGACUCUACUGGCAGGAAGAUCUAUUGGACUGACGGAGGUCGAAAUAGCAUUGAAGUAGCGGAACUUGAUGGCUCUAAUCGGAAAGUACUCGUGUGGACGGGAUUAGAUUCUCCUCGCGGCAUCGCUUUGCAUUACGAACGAGGCUACAUGUUCUGGUCUGACUGGGGAACAGAGGCCAAAAUUGAAAGAGCUGAUAUGGACGGAACGCAUAGGCGUGUAAUUGUAUCGCAAAGUGUAGAAUGGCCUAAUGGUCUAGCCGUAGAUCGCUUAGAAAACCGACUCUAUUGGAACGACGCUAAAGCAAACACUAUCGAGAGCGCGGACUUCAAUGGAUGGGCCCGAAAGACCAUUCUUAGUAAUGUGCCAUAUCCGUACGGCAUCGUUAUCGUGGGACAGCAUAUCUAUUGGACGGACUGGAAAACUAAGGCUCUGCAUAGAGCCGAUAAGAACAAUGUGCAGGACCAAAUCAUUAUACGCGAGAAUCUCGAGGGACUGAUGGACAUUCGAGCGAUUCAGAGCGACUACAAGCUAGAAAAUGUUUGUGGCACAAACAAUGGUGGAUGUUCUCAUCUCUGUCUACGAAACUCUCGCGGGUUCUCCUGCGCAUGUCCCACUGGAUUGCUCUUUGAGAACGACACGACACCGGAGCCCAAGAUUUGCAAGAAGCACCCGGAAAACUUCCUCACGUUCGCCACCCGUACUAGCAUGACGAUAAUUUCCCUCGACACCCCCGAGUUAAAAGAUAUCAAUAUUCCCGUACAACACAUGGAGAGCUCUAUAGCGAUCGACUUUCAUUGGGAUAAGAAACUAAUAUUCUACACUGAUGUUAAACUUCAUGAAAUCAGGACAUUGAAUAUGGAAAACAUGACAGAAAACAAAAUGAUAGUGAACACGACCCUGGAGACGCCUAACGGUCUCGCCGUCGACUGGAUAGCUGACAAUUUGUACUGGACUGAUAAUAAAUAUAAGGUGGUGGAGGUAGCUAAGCUGGAUGGAAGUUGUAGAAAAGUCUUAGUAUCAGGCCUAGAUGAACCGCGAUCUGUUGCUGUGUUUCCAGCAAAAGGCUACUUAUACUGGAGCGAUUGGGGAGAGAAUCCUAGCAUAGAAAGAGCAGCGUUGGACGGAACCACGAGGAAAAUUAUCGUCGACCAUGAUCUAGGUUUUCCGAAUGGACUAACCAUUGACUACGUAGAACGCAGGUUAUACUGGACAGAUGCCUUGAAGAAUAGGAUUGAUACUUCUGACCUGAACGGCCUUCAUCGCGUUCAACUUGUGCCAGAUGCAAAGAACCCUUUCGGAAUGACUCAGUUUUGCGAAUUUAUCUAUUGGACGGAUUGGAACAAAAAGGCCGUGAUGCGCGCAGAAAAGAACACAGGGAAGAACGUGACAGCAGUAAGCUCAAAUUUUGAAAUGGCCAUGGAGAUAAAGGCAGUCUCGCACCAGCGACAGCACGGCUGGAACCCGUGCAUGGAGGAUAAUGGCGGGUGCACACACUUCUGCUUCUUCAAAGGGCACGACUACGUGUGUGCUUGCCCCGAUCGCUCCGACGCCGUUUGUUCUACAAUACCGAAACAGAAGGUGGAGCUCCGUAUGCCCUCCCGCUACCCGCCUAACUACGAUUACAUGGACUACGAACAUAUCGAGUUGGCUACUCCCGCUCCAGAAUCACAAUCUCACACCGGAGCCAUUAUCAUAGGGGCCUCUGUCGUGAUCAUCAUCAUCAUUGGAGCUAUGGCUAUUGGCUUUGUUUGCCUACGAGUGCUCAAAGACCGUGACGGCGAAUUGAAAGAAACCCACCGAGACUCGAGCUGCCACAUCACUUUCCACAAUCCGAAUUAUGAACAAACGAAUUCAGAAGACAAAAAGAGUUACCGCCUUCACGGAAUCUUCAAAUACGACAAACAGGAGAAUCGCGUAACAAAUGUGUACAUCCAGGAAGGGACUAGCCUCUUGGCGGCGCCCUCUUCCCAGGAAGACUUACCAGUCAGGCCUCCAACACAUGACGACUUCGAACCUGUCACCUUACACACGUUCGCAUAAACGGCUCGGCAGCAUUAGGACUUCAAUCGCUUGGUAAUGUAGUUAAAGAGGUGUUAAAUAGUUGCUUUGCGGGAGAUUUUCGAAAAUGCCAAGAAAAAAAUUGUUAACAGAGCAACUAUUAGUGGUUUUAUUAGGUUAAAGGUCAUCUCCUGCAAAACUACCUGAACACCUUUAGAAUUACAAAACAGUAGACCUCCUCAAUGGAUACAGCGUAGUAGGUUUAAAACUAGGCAGUGUUGCUGUGAAAUACGUCAAAGAUUAACUGGAAAAUAAAAUACGUAUAUUUGUAUUCCUCGUUACUAAGUACUUAUAUCGUUAAAUAUCUGUGUCAAAAGUUCGUAUUAAUUACCACCAGUUUUUUAUCGUAAAAACUGAAAACUACAUUAUAGCCUAUGGAAAAGGAGUAUUUUAUAUACCUACUUAGAAUUAUCUAACUGAAACGAUGAUCUCACGUUGUAGUCCGUUACGUAGAAGACGUGUUUAGGCAUAUGUGUCGUUACACCUACUUCAGACUGCGAUAUCCGCCAGCGAAACUUAAGAAUUAACGCACAAGCCGGACCCCAUCGAGGGUGAGUUUUGUAAGUGCGAUAUCGCAAGUCCCUAAGUGUAUUAGAAUAUCUCUGUUGUAAGGUUUGGUGAAAUAAUUGGUGUUAUUUUUGUACAAGGCGCUCCUCAUUCGACUCUCCGAGGCUCACGGGGAGCGAGAGACGAGCGGUAUUGUUAGAUUUUUACUUUUUUUUUAAUCUGGUGAACAGAAAUUGAUGGGGAUUUGAGAUAUUUUCUUCCUUCUUGUACAUCCCGGUCUAAAAAUGUACGACACAUCGGUAAUUGUUUUAACAUUGUUGAUGCUUUUUCACACGGCGCUAUUCGAACUUCUCCAAGUCAUAUUUACUAAUAGUUCAGCUAUGACCAAUUUUAUUCGGUUCUUCAUAUUCAGAAAUAACACUGUUUCAAAGUCACCCCUAAUUGAAUCCUAAACGCUUUAAGUAUAAUUAUUUUUACAUUAAUUACGUGUUUAGUGAAAUAAAGUGGCGUCGCGUGGAAGAAGUCGUCUUAGUUUAAUUCACCACGAUAAUAUGGUGACAAUAAAAUAUCAAUUGUAAAUAAUUAGUUUUAAUUGUGACAUUUUUGUCAACCUGUGUACAAUUGGUGUAAAUAUUUUAUUUGUAUCUGAUUUUGCUUGAUUUAUUUAAUAAUGAUCCUGUGUAAGAUUUGCAAGCAUCUUGUGAACGUUGACUUUCAUAUCACAAUAAUUUGUUUAGUAAAUAAGAUUUACGUGCAAGUUCAAAUGAGGAUUGAUUUCUGAUGCGAAGUGCGACAUUCCACAGGGUGAUUAUAAUAAGAUAGAUAGAUUUUAGGACGGAUGUCGAUUUGUUAUUUCAUUAAUUACUUGGCUACCUCGUUGCUUCGAAGGCUUUUAUAGGUUCAGCUCAAUCUGUGACUCACGCUUAUAUGAUUUCCUAAACGUUGUACAUAGAAAGGUUAAUAUAUUUUCAUGUAAAGAUAUAUUUAUUAUUAGAUAAUUUUUAAAAACUAACAUCGUCUGAUGCUCGACGAGCGUUAAAUUAUUUCGGACGGUAAACUAUAAAAACUUUCCUAUUUGAAUAUGAAUAAGGUCGAAUCGAUCCGCCCUCUUGUUUGUGACGAGACAUAAAUUAUUUAGAAUUUCCAAUCUCACUCUGUCGAAGUGAGAAACUCGCUUACGUACCUAGAGUUUUAUAUUAUGACGUUUCUAUUAGUUUUAAGUGGAGAUUUUAUUGGUUUUGUUAUCAUAGAGUGUAAGAGGGAAAUCGUCGAGUGCUGUGAUACCAGAUGCUACGCCAGGAAAGAGAUGACGGAAUUUACGUUUUGAUAUUUCGAACGAGGUGCUAAACGCGCACACAAUAAGUCCCCAAUUUUAUUUCAGCGUAUGAGUGCGUUCCGUGCCAAAAAAUUCUUCGUUUUCAGCGUCGGUAUGAAUUCGAUCUUUAGUCUUAAGUAAAUAAACGGCUUUUACACCUUUGCAGCCUCCUGCGAAGAAGGUGUCAAAACUGUU